UGGCAACGCAACAUUGUUGUGAAAAUGAAAGUAGCGAAAUUACGUCUGCACUCAAAUUGAUGGAAUAAAUACUGAAAUAAAAACUUAUAUUAUUAAACCUCUCGUAUGGAUGUGGAAUGACUAUGUUAAAGAAUUAUCACGCUGAUUUCAAAGUGAAUCUAUACUUGAAAUUAGCCUUUAUUAAAAUGUUAUUUCCAUGUUUCGUAUUACUGAAAUGUGUCUUACCGGCUAUGAAGUUUUCAAGAGUAACUGGCUUUAAAACCAAUUAGUGUUAAGGAAAAUAAAAAAAUUAGUAUCUUCUAUAGAAACAGCAUGUCAUAUUUAAUGAUCAUAAACAAUUUCUAAACUGGCAUGUUACAAACUGCCUGUGUAACAUGAGUUUAGUAUUCAAUGGAUGGCGAAGACAACACAGUUGACUCUUUGCUGAAAAUUGAUAAAAACGCUUGGGAAGAAACGACCGCAAAAGUAAUCCAGAACAUCGAAGAGCGCUGCUCCAAAAAGGAAUAUGAAGGAUCUGCAACAAAAUUUGGUGCUCAGACUGAGUUUUUACGACCUUGGGUUGCUCAUAAGUCAGUUAAAAAGACCCAUAUUAAAUCGGAUGCUAUUCCAAUUAAAAACAAAUUGGAUCCAGACGAUUACAGAGGCUCUAAAUCUCGUAAGAGCAGCGCCAUCUCGAGUGAAUCUCACGGGGGCCGAUCUGACUCGCUUGAGGAUCAUUUAGAAGAUAUAAAGUACAUUGAUGAUAGUGCCAAAAGUUCGUUGUCCACAAGCUUGGAAACACACAUCCCCGUGUUGCCCCAACCAUCUUCCAUUCAUCGUCCUCCAUCACCUAACCAACAGGUUGAAAGGCCACGUGCCUCUGUGCUUGAAGAACGAUACUGUCAAGCAUUCAUUAGUUCUAAAAAUGAGCAAAUAGCUGACAGUUGUAGACGGCAUUAUACUUCUCCUCGCCUUCCUCCUAAUCAUCAUCUGUACACACCUAAAUUCAGACAUGAACCCAGACUUGUUGUUAGUCCUUUGCCUGCUGAGAAAACAAAAUCUGAAAAAGAUCACUCUGAAGCUGACUAUUUUUCACGUAAUUCAAUCGGAGAUUCUGAACACCAAGUCACUCAAAAUUUUUUCAUUGAAAAAGAUUUUAGAUAUUACUUUCAACAUCCUUACUCACGCCUUUUUGUAUCAUACUUUGUAAUUUUUUGUAAUUUUCUGGUGUUUGCCGAAGAUCCAGUUUCUCAUAGUCAUACUGAAAGUGAAAUUCCAGUAGUUGGGAAUGUGUUCUCUUUUGUCGCUACUAAAUACCCUCCACAAUGGACAUGGCGUACACUAAAAGUGGUUCUUUGGCUGAUAGCCAUAAUUAUUGGAUGUAUUUUUGGGAAAUACUUUAUUCAUCAUGUAGUUUUAAAUAGAUUUUUUCGUCUCAAAAUGUUUCGUGAUGAACAAGGAACAUGGAUGAUUAUGUUUCUCACAUCAUUAAUGUUUAUCUUCAUGUUUUCCAAAGUCUAUAAUUGGUUUAUCCUAGCAAGUCAUCCUCAAAGUUACAGAUUUUAUAUCAAUUCUCACAUGGGAAUAACAAAUGCAACUUUUAUGAAAGCGGCUGCUUGUGGAACCUGGAUUGGAGAUUUUGUUACUGCAUGGAUGGUUACUGAUAUGAUGCUCCAAGAUAACUUGUAUCCGUUUUGGGCAAGGCCUUACAGAGAAUUUUGGCGUUCUCACGGACGCAUUCGAAUUGUGAUAUUUUGGACUGGAUCAAUUGUAAUGACUACUUUAGUUGUUACCCUGAUUGUAAGUGACCUCAUUAGCUGGGAUAACUUAAAUAGAGAUUUUGUUGCUACUACUGAACUUUCCAGAGCUUUCUUAGCCUCAUUUAUACUAGUGAUGGAUUUACUUAUAGUGAUGCAAGAUUGGGAUUUUCCUCAUUUUGUGUGCGAUUUAGAUGUUAAGCUUCCUGGUAUGCAUGCUGCUUCAUUUAAGUUUGAUUUAUUUCAAAAGUAUGUGAAUCUUCCAGAUGUCAGUAUACAUGUUACUGGAAAAUGGUUCAAUUACAGUAUAAUAGUUUUUGUGAUGAUUCUGGAUUUAAACAUGUGGAAAAACCAAAUAUUUUACAUUCCGGUUGAAUAUGGACAGUAUACAGGGCCAAACCAGAAAGUUUUUUCAAUUCAAGAUGCAGUUCUUUUAACAGCAAAAAAUUCCUCACUAUGGACUUAUGAAAUACGGAGCACUCAGAUAGAUCCAAUGACGAAUAGAACACUUCUAGAAGGGGAUAUAAACAUGAACUCAAGAUAUUUAGGUUACCCUCUGUCAGUUAAGGGAAUGGCAUUUAUGCCAUCUUUGAUAGGAUUUGCCAUGUUUGGAAUUCUCACCUAUCUGUACGGACGUUUCCCACCUCCAACAGAAAUGGUUUACGGACGCCACCGUAAGCGAAAGAGGGAAGUUCCGCGCAGCAGCUGGAGGAGAGAGAGAGGAAACCGAUGCACGCACUAUCUCAUUCAUAACAAGGAGAAAUACCCGGAGGAGAAGAAAAAAGGUAGUAAUCAAUUGGCUGAAUUGAUUGUUGCUUGGGAAGAAAAUGUAGGUACUACAAAGCAAUGUGAAAAACCGUUAUGACAUACAUAAUUUACUUUUAUCACUCUUUUUAUUGCUAGCUUUAUAGGAAGCCGCAGAAUUGCAAUGGCUCUUUUUCUGGUUUUCUAUACCUGGUGUGCUACUGUUUUGUUUUUUUUUAUGUUUGACAUUAUGCAACUGCUUAAGUAAAAUUAAAAGUUAUAGAUUUUUAAUGAUGUAUACAAUAUAAACUAAAAAAUGAAACAGCUAAAUAAUUUUAAAUCUAAUGAUCAGAUAUUUUUUACUAACUUAAAUUAUUAAUUUUUGAGAGGGUCAACUUAAUAUACUAGUUAAUUAGAGUAAAUGAUAUUUCAAGUUACAAAAUUGUCACAAAAGCAUACUUUGUGUGCAUAAACGUAAUACAAAUGAAUAAACUGCAGUCCAAUGAAUUCAGAAUCUAUAAAUGAUCAAUAUAUGGGCUAGGGGUGGUUGCAAUCUAGAAAGUAAAGUUACAAUAAAUUUGUCUAUAGCAGCGGUUCCUGAUUUUUUCCAGCUACGGAACCCUAAAUGAUUAACCUUUUGUCAACAGAACCCCAAAUUAUUAGAUAAAUAAUAUAAUAGAUAGAGUAAUUAAUAAAUAAGUUCAAUACCAAUUCUAUAUCUAUUCCAAAGAAACACUACCAAUCAUUUUGAAAAUAUUAAUGUUAAUUUUGUCAUCGUUUUAUCAAUAAUAAUCUUAAAAAUAGAUUUCAUGUUAGACAGUUGAAUUAACAAAUCUGAAGCAAUCUUUGUCCACCUCUAAAUUUGUUCUUAGUGUUUGAAUAAGCUGAAAAUGAAAGAAAAAAAGCUGAAUUAUGGUUUUUGUUGAAAUGGAAAUUGAUUAUGAAUAUUGAAUAAACUGUCAUAAAUGUUGAGAAUGGUAAUCAAAAAAAAUACAUUUUUUACUGUUGAAAUUUGUUAUUUUCUUUGAAUUGAAAAAUUGGAUGGGAAAUAUUGAUGCAAAUCUUUUAUAAAUUCUAAUCUUUUUCAUAAUUUAUUCAAUAUAAUGUUAUUAAAAAAAAAAAUUUUAUUUUUUUGCUGACAUUUUGCUUAAAUAAUAUCAUAAAAAUUACCAAAAUAUUAAAUGAGUAAUGGAUUGUUUUGAUUGGGUAUAAAUAUAAUAAGAGGUUUAGAAAAUAUUAAUUGAAAUUUAUUUUUUUUUUGAGAAAAAUUUUUAACUCUGAGAUUCCCUGUGACUCUUGCAUGGAACCCUAGGAGUUCGCGGAACACCUUUUGAGAAUCGCUGCUUUAGAGAUCCAUUUGAAAAUUCACUUCAAUAUUCAAAAAUUUUGAAAAUUAAUAAUUAAAACAUUCUUUUUUUCUUCUUUUUACACAUACAUUAUUUUUAAUAAUAAUUUUAUUUCUUUUAGUAUCCAAAUUAGAAAAUGUGGAAAACUAUUAUUUAGUUUUAUAAAAACAUGUUUCUAAACAAAUAUUUUCAAUAAUAAAUUUUAAAUCUUAUCACAAAUAAAGUAAUUGAUCUUAGCAAUUACAUUUAAACAUUAAAAGGAGAAUAUAUAUUGUUUGUUAAACAUCAGGGAAAAGACAACAGAAAAAAGUCGGGGAAUUUUAUCAUGCUGGAAAAAUCGGGAAAAUAUCAAGAAAUUUAAUUUUAAAAAACCUGAAAAAUGAGGGAAAAGUUUUUAAGUUGCAUAAAAGUCCAAUAUUUUUUCCGAAAAAAUUAGUCUUGCAAUAUAUAUUUUUUAAAUUUUUUGAUUCUAAUAGCAAGUAUAAGUUUAUUUUUUUAAAAUUAAUUUUAUGUAUAAGAAUAAGGCAUAACUGAAAAAUUAGUAAUAAAAUUUAUGCUUCCAAUUACAAAAGUUGCUGAAAUUUGAUAAAAUCAAUCUGUAAAAGUCAAGGAAUUUUUAUCUUGAGUGUUUGUGCCACCCUGGUCUAUGGAUGGGGAUUAAAACUGCUAGUUUAUCAAAUUAACAUAUGUUAUUUUACCUAAUUCUUUCAUUGUCAACUAUUUUUAUUGUCCCAGUUAAUAUCAUAUUGGAUUUUCCAUUCAAAAAUUUUGCUAUAUCUUUUGAAUGAAACUCUUUACCAACUCUGAAAAUAAUAAGUAGCACAUCAUGUAUAAUUUUUGAAAACCAUGAUAUUUAGUGUCGAUAAAAUCAUAAAAAACUGAAUUGUAUGUUUGUGAAAUUAUCAUAGUUUAAAACAAUGUUAUCACAUUGAGCCUAGCGUCAGAAAAAGUGAUAUGAAUAUAUAAAUAUAUAUAUAUGAGGUAUUUUGUCUGCAGAAUUGUGGUUUACUUUUUUAUGUGUCCUUCUGUUGUCUGUAUGUGUUGUGACUCUUGCAUUUCUAUAAUAAAGUAUUUUCAUAGGA